UCUGAAAGUGGAAUAUGUUUCAGAAAACAGUUUUGCUGUUUCUGAAGUUACAUUGUUUUGUUUUGUCUUUUGUGAAGGUUUGCAUAUGUGUAUUUUUACUUCAUGUUCAGAUAUUCACGAUUCUUUGAUGUAUAGACAGGAAAUUCAGUCUUUAAGUCUGAUAGUCUCUGAGCCAUGAAAACAAUUAAUUUUAAUGUGUAUAACUGUGGAAACUGGCAUGAUGAUAACUUUAUCCAGCUACUCUUUUACUCACUAGCACUUAAUGUUGCUGUUUCAUGCUUUAAGCCCAUCAGUACAGUUUGUCAUUUUCAGUAAAAUUAAACAAGAACACCUCUUUCCCUCUUGCACACACUUAUUCAGACGCGCUAACACAAACACCCAGUGUGAGCAACAUUUGAACUUGAGCAAACAAUGAAGAGCAACACCCAAUCAUGCAAAUGUGGCGUUAGUCAGAAACUACUCAGAAAUGCAGUUUGUGCUGGCUGGGCCAAAGCAAGGGAGUCAUCUUCUCAGCCUCCCUCGCUCCUCCCCCUGUCCAAUGAGUUACACACUAUUUGAGCCUUCUGGAGAGUAAGGAAAGUCAGACAUUAUAGAGACAGAGGGACAAGGCACUGAUACCCUCAGAGACUCCCAGUCCUAACCACUGCAGAUGCCCAGAGAGCUUAAGUCAGAUUUUCAUCAUUUUCACUAACUCAUUUCUUUUCAUUAUUCUGUGCAUUGCCUAUGGCGGGAUAGAUGGCUCCUUUACUGCAUUGUGACUGCUGAUGUUGGUGUCUGCGGAAGAGUUCGCUCCGUGCUUAUUGUUUUGUCUGGUAGUGUUUUUGUUAAACUUUCAGGAGCUUAUUACUGUGUAACUUGUCUGUUACUGUGUCUUCUACUGGAAUACCAUCUCUCCUUCUUUGGACUGUCUUCGACCGCCUUCACCAAUGCUGACUGAACCGUGUGGAGCCAUGUCAAUGGGGUCAGACGUUCGGGAUCUGACCCUCUUAUCUCCAGCGCCUCCUGUGCCAUCCAUACCGGCAGCUGGCGGUGGCUGUGGGAUGUCUGUUGGUGGUGGCCAGUGGACUCAACUGCUCGACCUCCAUCCUGGCUCUCCCUACAGCUCCCUGCCCUCCCACCACUCCCUUAUCAAACAGGAACCGGGCUGGGGCACCACAGACCCAAUAGAGGACCCUCACUGUGGACUCGGGGCCUUCACGGUGCACUUUGCAGGCCAGUUUACAGGCUCGGGCCCCUGUAGAGUUGGGGCCUUUGGAGAGCCGACAGCUCAGCCAAGAGUGUUCACAAAUGGAUCCUGUCUGCCCGGCUGUAUGGACAGUCCUCCUGCGCCCAGAAGUCAGGGUUACGGAGCAAUGGGUUUAGACAGCAACCCCAGUUAUGGGCACACUCCGUCUCACCACACCCCUCAGCUCUCCAGCCUGUCCUUCAAACAUGAGGACACACUGUCACCACCAAACAACAUAGUUGAUCAGCAGUACCCUGCUCCUCCUCCCAUGUUUGGUUGCCACAAUCCUUCAGAGUCCUGUCCAAGCAGUCAAGCUCUGUUGCUGAGAAACUACAACAGUGAUAACUUGUACCAAAUGGCAUCUCAGCUGGAUUGCGUAACAUGGAACCAAAUGAACACCCUGGCAAAUUCCGUGAAGAGUGGCCAUGCAACCAGCUACGAAAGCGACCCCACAGCCCCGCCUCCACCCGUACUCGUCAGUGCUCAGUACCACAUACACACACACAGUGUCUUCAGAGGUCUCCAGGAUGUUCGACGGGUUACUGGUAUCGCUCCGCCAGUUGUGAGGUCAUCAGACGCCAAUGAAAAGCGACCAUUUGUAUGUGCUUAUCCUGGCUGUAGCAAGAAAUACUUCAAACUGUCACAGCUGCAGAUGCACGGCCGCAAACACACAGGAGAGAAGCCUCACCAGUGUGAUUUCACAGACUGUGGCCGCAGAUUCUCUCGCUCAGACCAGUUAAAGAGGCACCAGCGCAGACACACAGGAGUGAAGCCCUUUCAGUGCGAGACAUGUCAGAGAAAGUUUUCACGGUCAGAUCACCUUAAGACACACACUCGGACUCAUACAGGUAAAACAAGUGAGAAGCCUUUUACCUGCCGCUGGUCCAGCUGUCAGAAGAAGUUUGCCCGCUCUGAUGAGCUGAUGCGCCACCACAGCAUGCACCAGAGGAACCUGACCAAGCUGCAGCCUGCCAUCUGAGCAGCGAGGGGAGGAGAAGGAGGACAACAAAGAGGAAGGUGACAAUAUGUUGUGCCAGCUAGAAGGGAAAGAUGCUGGAGCCUGGUCAGCGUUCGUGGUGCCUUGCCAAACUCGCUGAAGUGGUGAGAACAGCUGACGCCUCCCUCAGCCAGCUGAUGCUGAGAGACUCCGAUGAUCUUUGUGAUCUUCAAGAUACUCCUCAACAAGCACUCGCUCUCGUUGUCUGACGUUAAAACACAGACUGAGAGGGUAUAAUACCGCAGUAAUUCUGAGCCAAGAAGAAGAUUUUUUUUUUAUGAGAUCAGGAAAAUGUUGGUACACUAUUUUGGAUAUUUUAGUACACUUGCACUGGCUUCUUUCUUUUAUUAAAAUUGUGUCACUUUGAAAAUGUGCUGGACAACAUAAACUGGAUUUAGGAAAUGGACAAUGUGUCUUUUUUUUUUUUGUCCAUUAAGUCAAACAGAGACUCUUAAUACUCUUACAGCAUACAUCAUACUCACCAAGAUGCUUUGUAUAUAUGUGGUGUGUUUGCUUUUCUUUGUAGACAUUCAUUUUGUAUUUUCUGUUUUUAUACAUUUAUAAAAUGUUGACCCACAUCACA